AUGAAAUACGAUGAUAAUAAUAAUAAUAAGGAUACAGUGUUUGGGGGUUUUAUAGCAAGUCCACCGCUUACCCCAUUGGUUAAGCCAAGGGGUGUUAUUCGUCCUACUGUGGUUGGUACGGUGUGGUGGAGGCUUGUUUCUAAAGUUGGCGUUUCUAUUGUUGGGAAAACCUUGCACACCUAUUUUGAAGAUUUUCAGUUUGGAGUAAGCACACAAGGGGGUGGUGAGGCUAUUCUUAAUUCUGUUAACCGGCUUGUUGAAUGCAAGGGUGAUGUUGUUGGUAUCUCCAUGCUCUUGGUGGAUUUUCAAAAUGCUUUCAACUUAGUUGAUACAAGUGUCAUGUUGCAACCUGUUCGGCUAUAUUAUAGUAACUCUAUUCUCUGGUCCUGUCAAGGUGUUCAACAAGAUGACCCUCUAAGCCCUCUCCUUUUUUCCCUUAUUUUACACCCCUUGGUCUUGAAAAUUCAUCAGUCUUGUAAGCUUAACCUCCAGGCUUGGUAUCUUGAUGAUGGCACUAUUGUGAGAGAUACCCUUAUGGUCGCCAAGGCCUUAAACGUUAUUAAGGAGGAAGAGCCAUCUCGUUGUUUAUUUCUCAAUCUGGAUAAGACUGAACUUUUCUGGCCUAGGGAGGAUCCAAGGAGUAGAGAGGACGGGGUUUUCCCACCUAACAUAUCUCGUCCUUGUGUAGGGGUGAAACUUCUUGGUGGGCCGGUGAGUACAGAUCAGAGCUUUUGUCGUGGUUUUUCUCUAAAGAGGGUUUCUAAAACCAUUGAGCUCAUGACAACUGUUAGCAAACUCCAUGAUCUACAAUGUGAGCUUCUUCUUCUUCGCUAUUGUGUUGGGGUAGGAAGGCUAUUUUAUGCGUUGAGGACUUGCCCUUCAGAUUGGUUAGGGGACACACAAGUCCAGUUUGAUCUUGCUUUGUGCUCUUCUUUGGAGAAGAUUGUUACAGCCUCUGAGCCGGGUUUUGGGGACUGGCUAUGGAGGUUAGCUACCCUCCCCAUUAAGAGGGGUGGGCUUGGCAUCUACUCGACGGACUAUGUUAUUAACUAUGCUUUCCUUACUUUUCGUCUUUAA